GUCUGUGCGCACUGUCAGGCUUUGAGAAUCAGUCCGAAAGGCUGCCCUUCAACCAGUGUCCUAUUGUCUGACAGUGUGUGACGGCGGAGACAGCCCGAACAGCGCACAGAAAUUUUAUGAAUAAGCAUCAGAAGCCAGUGCUAACAGGCCAGAGGUUUAAAACCAGGAAGAGGGAUGAAAAAGAGAAAUUCGAACCUACAGUGUUUAGGGAUACCAUCAUCCAGGGUCUUAACGAAGCAGGAAGUGAUCUGGAAGCAGUAGCAAAAUUCUUGGACUCUACUGGAUCCCGUCUGGAUUACCGCCGUUAUGCGGACACCUUGUUUGAUAUCCUUAUAGCGGGAAGCAUGCUUGCUCCUGGAGGUACUCGGAUCGACGAUGGAGACAAAACUAAGGUGACCAACCACUGUGUGUUUUCGGCAGACGAGGAUUAUGAGUCCAUGCGUAAUUAUGCCCAGGUCUUCAGUAAACUAAUCAGAAGAUACAAAUAUUUGGAAAAAGCCUUUGAAGAUGAAAUCAAGAAGCUCCUUCUGUUCCUUAAAGCGUUUUCCGAAGCCGAGCAGACGAAGUUGGCUGUGCUCUCCGGCAUCUUACUAGCUGGCGGAACACUUCCUCCGGCCAUUUUAACAAGCCUUUUUACCGAGAAUAUAGUCAAAGAAGGUAUUUCUGCAUCAUUUGCUGUGAAACUUUUUAAGGCAUGGAUGGCAGAAAAAGACGCCAACUCGGUGACAUCUGCUUUAAGAAAAGCAAAUCUGGACAAGAGAUUACUAGAGCUUUUUCCAGCAAACAGGCAAACUGUUGAACAUUUUGCCAAAUACUUCACCGACGCAGGCCUGAAAGAGCUCUCUGAUUUCCUACGAGUUCAGCAAUCGCUCGGAACUCGCAAAGAACUUCAAAAGGAGAUACAGGAACGGAUGUCUCAAGAGUGCCCCAUCAAAGAGGUAGUGCUGUAUUUGAAAGAAGAAAUGAAGCGAAAUGAAUUACCAGAAACAGCGGUUAUCGGACUCCUGUGGACUUGCAUCAUGAAUGCCGUUGAAUGGAACAAAAAGGAGGAACUGGUUGCAGAACAGGCCCUGAAGCAUUUGAAGCAAUACGCUCCCUUAUUGGCGGUGUUCAGCACUCAAGGCCAAUCUGAGCUGAUCCUCCUACAGAAGGUUCAGGAGUACUGUUAUGACAACAUCCACUUCAUGAAGGCUUUUCAGAAGAUUGUAGUACUUUUCUAUAAAGCUGAUGUUUUGAGCGAAGAAGCCAUUUUGAAAUGGUAUAAAGAAGCACAUGUCGCAAAGGGGAAAAGUGUCUUUCUUGACCAGAUGAAGAAAUUUGUUGAGUGGCUACAAAAUGCAGAAGAAGAAUCCGAGUCUGAAGGAGAAGAAAACUAAGACGGUUACAUAAAGCACAAAGUUGGGUCUCUUGGAAAUGCCAUAUGCAGUCGAAAAGGGACCUUUGUGUGUCACAGAAAGUGAUUGCAUAGUUACUCCUUGUGUGUAUAGGAAAAUCUCUUAACUGGAGCUCUCAGGCAUUAGGCUUCUCCUUUGGAACUCUACCUCUGGCUUUCUAUACGUGAUUUUAGGCAAAGCCAUGCAGCCGGGAGCCAUAGAGGAAGAGGAAGCUGGAUCUCCAUGGACUCCUUUGUAUUAGCCUUCUCAAGCACCACAUGAAGAAUACCUUUCUGGUGUACCGUUCCUUAGUUGUGAUUGUCGCGCAGUAUCGGCUUGUGUAUGUGAUCUGAAAAGUACACAGUGUUUUUUUUUUUCUUUUUCUUUGGAAUAAAGGCAUUUUAUCUUAA